GUGAUUGUCUAUUUUUAUAUAUAUAUAAAUAUUUUUUAAUAUAUUUUUUCCAAUCUGUGGGUCUAUUAUUAUCUUCUCCCUUUUGUUCCACAAAUUUCCUCUCAAGAACUCCUAGUUUAUGAUGAUGGGUGGUGAUCUAAUCAAGAACCUGUUAUUUUCAAUAACCAUGAGUCAUUUCUUUCCUAACCAAAGAAUAUUAUACAUUUAUCUCUUUCCUUCUCUUUCUUUCUAUCUUUUUUUUUCAAUUUUUGUAAUAUUGCGAAAUCCAAAGAUGGCUCUUCAUCCACCUGCAUGCACGGGGGUUACAUUUUAUUAGUUUUAUUCAAAGACUCAUUAUUCUCAGGGAGCCUGUGAAGUUAUAAGAUGAAUUACAAUCUACAAGAGACUCUCAAGAUGGAUCAUGCUUGUAGAAAUUCAGAAAAUAGUUUUGAAAGUCAUGUCAAAGAGGUAAAUCAAGCAAUAAAUAAUGCCUCCACAGUUGACUACACAAACAAUGGAGCAAGACAAAUACACCAAACUUCUGAAAACAAUUCAAACAUGACAAGUGAACCAACAUCUAAACCUCAGAAGUUAGAAAAUCCUACUAGGAACAUUUAUGAUUUUUCCACUACUCAACGCCCAUGUCCAAGUGCAAGAAUGCUUUCAAAUUCUAACCCUUCAACCACCUCAUUAGGAGUAAUAACAGAAACUCCAAAAGUGUUUUCUUUACCUGCAAAAGAAACCAACCAAGGUCAAGGUAGUGGCACUAACUCUCGUAGUGAUAGUUUAGAGAACAUUAGUAGUGGACAUAUUAAGCCACAUACUGGAGGUGAUGUAAGGUGGGAUGCAAUUAACAUGGUUUCCAAAGGUAAUGCUCUUAAUCUUAGCCAUUUCACACUUCUAAAGCGUGUUGGGUAUGGAGAUAUUGGAAGUGUGUACCUUGUGAGGCUUAAAGGAAGUAAUGCAUUCUUUGCCAUGAAAGUAAUGGAUAAGGCAUCACUUGCAAGUAGAAACAAGCUUUUUAGAGCACAAACAGAAAGAGAGAUUCUUGGACUUCUCGACCACCCAUUUUUGCCAACUUUAUAUUCUUAUUUUGAAACUGAUAAAUACUAUUGUUUGGUCAUGGAGUUUUGCAGUAGUGGUAGCCUGCAUUCUCUUCGAUUGAAGCAAUAUAACAAGUAUUUCACUGAAGACGCUGCACGGUUUUAUUGUUCAGAGAUUUUGUUAGCUUUGGAAUACUUGCACAUGCUAGGCAUUGUGUAUAGAGACUUAAAACCAGAGAAUGUUCUGGUUCGAGAUGAAGGUCACAUAAUGUUAUCGGAUUUUGACCUAUCCCUUCGUUGCACUGUCAACCCUACACUUGUGAAGUCAUCAUCUGCACAUGAUCAACGUAGUAGUAGCAGUAAUGGUCCAUCUGGGGCCAUUUUUCAUGAUGAUCAAGUGGUGUACGGUUGCAUACUGUCCUCAAGUUUCUUCCCACGCAUUUUGCAUCCAAAAAAGAAUCGUAAGUCAAAGUCAGAUUUUGGCCUCAUGGUUGGAGGAAGCCUCCCAGAACUAAUGGCAGAGCCUACAAAUGUGAGGUCAAUGUCCUUUGUAGGGACACACGAGUAUCUUGCACCAGAGAUUAUCCGUGGUGAAGGACAUGGUAGUGCAGUGGAUUGGUGGACUUUUGGGAUCUUCUUGUAUGAGCUUUUGCAUGGCAUAACACCCUUUAAGGGCACAGGAAACAAAGCCACACUCUACAAUGUUGUAGGGCAACCCUUAAGGUUCCCAGAAAAACCCCGUGUUAGUAAUGUGGCAAGAGACCUUAUAAAAGGGUUGUUGGUGAAAGAGCCUCAGAAAAGAUUUGCUUAUAAGAGAGGUGCCACGGAAAUAAAACAACACCCUUUCUUUGAUGGAGUGAAUUGGGCUCUUAUUAGAAGUGCUGCACCUCCUAUUAUACCAAAACCUUUCAACUAUUCUAAAUAUGCUAGCAAAGAAAAUGUGGCCCCAGUAGACAAAAAGAUCGCAGAUAUUUAUGCAAGUGAUAAAAGUAGGCAUACACAACCUGAUUCUUCUCAUGAAGAUUUUGAGUAUUUUUAGAAGAUUAUGAUGCCCUAUUUAGACCAAAAAAAAAAUGUACUUACAUCUCAAAAGAAAUUUUCAAAGACAUGUACGGUUUUUCCUUUUGAGCUUCUUUUAUUUACAUUCUUCCGAAAGAAACUAACAUUUGCACUAAUAGCCCCAUUCUUUGCUAGUCGGGGCUCAUUUUGCUACAUUGCAUGUGUUUCAAAAAUAUUGAGUGGUAAACCAAUUA